CUGCGCUUUUUGUGUCCUUCCACCGGCGCAUGCGCCGGCCCCUCCUCUAGACUGGAGUACUUCAGCUUUAGCAGUCAGGAAGUUAAAGCACUCUGAGCUCAGCAGUAAAAUUGUGAAGUGUCCUGGAGUGCGGAUGGGUCUUCCGUUCAACAGCUGAUCAGACCCGGACAGGAUGGUGAGACUAGGACACAUCCACAAACAGAUCUGCCCAUUGCCGCAGUCUCCCAAUGUGAGGCAAGACUUCUAUAAAUACUUCUUUUCUCUCUCUGCAUAUCUCUGGCUUCAGCUCACUGGCAGCCCUCUCCCAUCAGACUAACAUUCAGCUCCAGCGUUUUCUGCUUCUAACCAGUCCUAGUUUGACCCUUCAUAUGAUUCUUUCCAUUGUGUUUAUUGACUUAUCCUUCCAUAGUUAUCCUUUCAUAGUAAUUCUGGUGUGACAUUCAUAAUGUGCUUCGAUGACAAUGACUAAACAGAGUGUCAUUUUAGCGCAGAGAGCGCACUUGCUGUCCCAGGUAAUUCCAGCUUUUUCAUCCAUGGUCCAGUAACGCAAUUUGUCCGAACAGUUUGUAAGGAGCCAGUCACAGUGAAGCUGCCAGUGGACGUCCACCUGCAGGGCUGCCGUCAGCAAAAGAUAUAAAGCAAUUUUCCUCUGUUGAAGGCAUGCAGUGUUGCAGCUCUGAGGCCCUUUUUGGGGCACUGGGAAGGUGGAAAAUUAAACUUUCUGUGAAAGAGGUAUCUCGAUUACACCAGAAACGUGCCUAUCACUCUGUGAUUAGUAGGAAUAGGUCCCAUUUGUCUGUGCUUUCCCGGGGCCAGCAAUUCUGCUGUCUUCAGGGCUGGAGGGCUUCAGGCAGCAUUGCUGUAGAUCCAAUUCAGCAACACCGAUUGCGCCUGUCUGACUGGUUUAGUCGCUUGCCGAGUGAGGAGCAACACUUUGGUCCAUCUUUCUCCCUUGAUUCCAUCCAUGUGGAUCCUGUUAUUAGGGAAAGUUGCCUGGAAGAAACUCUGCGCCCUCUCACUGACCUUACCUUGCAGAGCCAGUUGCAGAGCCCAACGUGCUCACAAAAUGUGUCCAUUACUCAGCUGUUUCAGCCCAACUCUUCUGGACAGCCAGUUCGCAAUGUGGUUCUGUAUGGUACUGUGGGCACAGGGAAGAGCACAUUCAUACGAAAGCUGGUGUUAGAUUGGUGCCAUGGACGUCGGCAUGAGUUUCAUCUCAUCAUUCCUUUAUCCUGCGAAGAUCUUUCUGAGGUAAAAGCACCUGUGUCAUUUUCACGGCUUAUCUCUAAGAAGUAUGUCCACCUGAGGGACCUGUUGCCAACACUAUCCCAACAGCCUGGGGUUCUGUUCAUUUUAAACAGUCUGGAAUGGAUGGAUUUGGACUUCAGAAUGGCAGCUACAGAGCUCUGCAGUGAUCCUAAUGAACCCUUGUCACCCUCAUCCAUCCUUGUAAAUUUGUUGAGGGGGUACCUUCUUCCAGAGGCAAGUGUGUUGGUUACCACUCGUCCAUCUGCAAUUAGACGGAUCCCUGGUAAAUACGUGGGCCGCUAUGCAGAGAUCUGUGGCUUUUCGGACACAGAGCUUCAGAAGAUGUACUUCCAUUUGCGCUUGGGCCACAAAGAUGCUGAUGUACGGGAGACUGAGAACUUGUUAGAGAUGUUAAAUCGGAACCUGGAACAUCACAGCCAGCUAUCUGCUGCCUGCUUCUUGCCAUCAUAUUGCUGGUUAACCUGUGCCACUUUGCACCUUCUUUAUUACACAAAGCCUGGUGGCCCUGUUAGGACUCUUACUGGCAUUUACACUAGUUUUCUACGUCUCAACUUUGCUGGAGAGGUUUUGGAUAUAACUCACCCUUCCAAGAUUUCUCUCAUGCUCUAUGUGGCACGUUUUGUAGGCAAGUUAGCAUAUGAGGGUUGCCGCGCUCGACAGACUCGUUUCUCUGAGGCUGACCUCAACCGCUGCUUUAAUGUUGCAUUAAAUUCUGAAGAGGAUACCAACCUCCUUAGUGUUUUCCGUACAGAUACAUUCCAUUUCUUCCUUACUCCUAGUAUCAAACCAGGUCAUGAGACGACUUUUGUGUUCACCAUCCCUGCCAUGCAGGAGUAUCUUGCUGCACUUUAUGUAGUGCUUGGAGAGAACAAGACCACCCUUCAGCGUGUAGGGAGGGAAGUCUCUGAGGUCAUUAGCAAAGCUGGUGAAGAUGUGGUUGCUGUUGUUAAUGUGUUGUCAAAAUUCCUUCCCCUUCGUAUAUUUGCACUUUUUAAUCUGCUGCGUGUAGUUCCUAGGCUGUAUGGCAAGGUGAGUGGGCAGAGCCGAGAAAACAUUGCCCAAACCAUGACUAGCGAAAUGUUUCGAGAGGAAGAUGCUUUUAAUGAUGAUGUUCUAGACCAAAUCAACUCUAGCAUAUUAGGUGUAGAGGGACCCUCUCAAAAUACAGAUGAAGAUGUGUUUGGCAAGCAAGAAGCAUUUGAAUUGUUUCCCAUAUUUAUGGCUGGACUGUUGUCCCGUCAGAAUCGAGCUAUGUUGGAUCAGCUUGGUUGCUCCAUCAUGAAUACGUCAGCAUUUGAAAUUACACGGGCACUAAAGAAGCACUUGCUGCGCUGUAGUCUCCGCCGGUUACCAUCUUCUGAGCUCAUGGACUUUCUGUUCUUCUUGUAUGAGUUCCAAAAUGAAGCAUUUACUGCAGGACUUGUUUCCUCACUGCGAGAUCUAGACCUUUCUACAGUAAGAAUGACACCCCUCAAGUGCACGGUGGUUUCAUCUGUAAUGAGUGGAUCUGGGAAACCAGUGGUAGAGGCCAACUUCAGUUCCUGUGAUCUGGAUCCUGAUGCAAUACGUGUUCUGUCUCCGGUACUACGAAGAUGUCAGAGCAUUAAUUUACAGAUGAACUCACUUGGUCCUGACUCUUGCAAAGAGAUAAAAGAUAUUCUGUUACAUCCAGACUGUUCAGUGACCAAUCUAAGACUCUGCAAUAACCCACUAACAUCAGAAGGAGGUCGCUUGAUGGCUGAAGCGGUGGCUGGCAAUAGUUCUCUGACACACCUGUCCCUUUUGCACACUGAUUUGGGAGAUGAAGGAGCAGAGAUACUGGCCUCCCAAUUGGGGAAAAGCACACGUCUGCAAGAACUGAACCUGGCAUAUAAUGGCAUCCAUGACCAAGCAGCACUGAGACUAGGGGAGGAAGCAGCUCGUCACCCAACUCUGGACAGAGUGCAUCUGUACUUUAAUGAGCUAUCUGAUAGUGGUCUCCGUUCUCUUCAGUCCCUGGGUGGGGUCCGAAUUCUGGUGUCUCUGACCGAGGGAGCUGAUGCCUCCCGUCAUUGGUCUCUGAUCUUACGGGAGCUUCGGGCUAAUGCUGGUGGCUGGGACCACGAACGGAUCAGUAGCCACCUCACGCUGCUUCUCAGGGAUCUACAGAGUAGUCGCGCACUCACUGGGAACCUGUUGCGAAAGGCACGCCUUUUUCGUGUGGAAACUGAGGUCAAACGCAUGCUGAGCCGUAUCCAGCAAGGGCAGCUCUGAGCCAAGUUUGAAUGUGCAUAUGCGUCAUACUCCCUGUCCAGGGCAUUUGUACAUGUAGUUGCUAACUGCCUUACACACACUUACUUAUAAAAUGCAAUAUUUAUCCAAAACCACCUGAAAAUGCACUUAUACACACUUACAUGUAAAUAUGCAGAUGCACACAUCGUUCCAGAAUGUCCCUGGAACUUUCUAUUGAAGCUUGAAUUUAGAUAACCUCUUAGCAACUUAAGCAUAAAGAGAAAACAAGAGUAGAACUGGAAAUGGGUAUGUUUUUAUGGUAAUUAUAUAAAGUGUCACUGCCUCCUGAUAACUGGAGUAAUAAUUGGCAUAUUAUCGCACUAUAAACGUGUCAAUCCAUAGCACCUUUCAGCAAUGCAAUAGGUGACCUUUGUUUUACUCUUUGUUUUACAAUUAUGUUGUACAGGGCUACAUGCUUUAGCUGGCAGACUUUGGAGUGUUUUCAUAGCCACUGGGGGAUAUUACUUUUACCUCAGCAGAGAUAGAAAUAUGGCAGCCUUACAUUUUAUGAACUGUGCUAAUGAUUUUGGGUGCGCCAAGAGCCCAUGCAGGAAUGAGUAUUCCUGCAUGGAAUAUUUUGGAGGGGGGGUCUGGACUCUCAAAGUUACACCACUGGCUCUGUGCACAGAAUAAGCCAUGCCUAUAUGUUUUACUGUACAAUGUAAAAUAAAGUAAAAGUAAUCCCUA